AUGCAUACCCCUCUCAUUGCCUGGAUUGCCAACUAUCCUGAACAGCUUCUGAUCACUUGUAACAGUUCAGAGCCCCCCCAUGAUUGUGAGUACAAGCUUCAGAAGAUACAACAGGCUGCCGCUGCAUGUGAUCCACACAAUAUUGUUGCAUUCCACAAGGUUUGUCUUGCCCUCCAUCUAAAUGGUGUCAUGGAGCCAUUCUGGAAAGAUUGGGGGCAUACAUGUCCCUCCCACUUUCUCACCCCCAAUGCCCUGCACCAGUGGCACAAGUUCUAUUUUGAUCAUUGUGUAUACUGGGUAAUCAAUAUCAUAGGGGGUGAGGAACUCGAUCACUGCUUAGCUGCCCUGCAGCCAAGGAUAGGGACUAGGCAUUGGGUGAAUGGUGUCUCCACCCUCAAACAGUGCACCAGUCAAGAACACUGCAAACUGGAGAAAUUGCUUCCUGCUGUGGCAGCAGGGGUGUUGCCUGAUGACAUGCUUUGUACCUUGUGUGCCAUCACCGAGUUCAUCUUUCUUGCCCAAGGUAUCUCCCAUUAUGAUGAAACCAUUCAUAGUCUCAGUGAAGCCCUUUGUGAAUUCCACCAUUACAAAUCCAGCAUUCUCAGGGCACAUGGCUGUCUUGGGAAGAACAGCCCCCUUGACCACUUUCAAAUACCAAAAGUUGAACUAACUCAGCACAUUGCAUGGAGCAUUCAUCAGAUGGGUGCCCCUUAUCAAUGGACCAGUGACAUCACUGAACAUUGCCACAUAACUCAUGUCAAGGUGCCCUACCAUUUAUCAAAUUGCUGA